AUGGAUCCCUAUGAAGAGGAGAAUGGUGCUGGUGACGAGCAUGAGAAAGACCAGGAUCAUGACAUGGAGCACACCGACGAGAAGAUCAUCAAUGAAGAGUACAAGACAUGGAAGAAGAAUGCGCCAUUCCUCUAUGAUAUGAUCUUGAGCACGGCACUAGAAUGGCCAACACUUACAACGCAGUGGCUGCCAGAUAAGCAAGAGGUCCCAGACAAGCCCUACUCGACCCAUCGUCUUCUUAUUGGCACACAUACCACUGGCGAAGCCCAGAAUUACCUUCAAAUCGCACAUGUUCAACUCCCUAACCCCAAUGCCCCAAAUCCCGACGACUACGAUGAGGAAAAGGGAGAGAUUGGCGGCUAUGGUGGAAGUUCCAAGAAGCCUCAGAUGGAAAUCAAGUUCAACAUCGUUCAAAAGAUCGACCACAAGGGCGAGGUCAACAAGGCCCGAUACCAACCUCAAAAUCCCAAUAUCAUUGCGACGAUGUGCACAGAUGGACGAGUGAUGAUCUGGGAUCGAUCGAAGCACCCGAGCUUGCCAACCGGCACUGUGAACCCUCAGAUGGAGCUCCUAGGCCACGAAGCCGAAGGCUUUGGGCUAAGCUGGAACCCCCAUGUAGCUGGUCAUCUUGCGACAGGUAGCGAGGAUAAAACUGUCCGACUUUGGGAUAUUACCACUUACACCAAGGGUAACAAGGCAGUUCGACCAACCCGUACCUUCACUCACCACUCAUCUAUCGUCAACGACGUUCAGCACCACCCUCUUCAUUCUUCUCUCAUCGGAACCGUCUCCGAUGACAUCACGCUUCAGAUCCUUGAUACCCGUCAGGAUGACUCUACCCGUGCGGCUGCUUCAGCCGUGGGCCAGCAUCGCGAUGCUAUCAACUCCAUCUCGUUCAACCCUGCUGCCGAGACCAUUUUGGCCACCGGCUCUGCUGACAAGACCAUCGGAAUCUGGGAUCUCCGCAACCUCAAGUCGAAGCUACACUCGCUAGAGGGUCACACCGAUUCGGUUCAAUCAAUCUCGUGGCAUCCAUUCGAGGAGUCUGUUCUGGCUAGUUCCAGUUACGACCGCAAGAUCAUGUUCUGGGACCUCAGCCGAGCAGGCGAGGAGCAAACCCCAGAGGAUGCCCAGGAUGGGCCGCCAGAGCUGCUAUUCAUGCACGGUGGACACACCAACCGCAUCUCAGACUUCAGCUGGAACCUUAGUGACCCCUGGGUUCUUUGUUCUGCUGCUGAGGACAACUUGCUGCAGGUGUGGAAGGUGGCUGAUGCCAUUGUGGGUAAGGAUCUGGAUGAUGUCCCCACUGAGGAGCUGGAGGCAUGA